CUACAGUCCUGGCCUCAGCCCUACUCUUGAUAUGUUUCUUGUGCUUACUGUUAAUAAUGGCACUGUUUAUUUGACUGUUGAAUAAGUCUGUCAUAAAAAAAAUAAAAUAAAGAUGAUGUGGUUCUGAAUCGUUAUCAUACCAAAUAUGAAACUCAUGAUGGCACAGAAUCUGCAUGAAGAAACUAAUAUUUGCUCCACAUUUUUACGGGAUGAAUGAGGGGUACUCGCUCGCGGUACACCCGGCCAUUUAUGUCUAUGCAGCCGGCGCUUUCUGUGCAGCGCCGCAGACAUUAGUCACGUGGUGGAGUCACAUGCUGUUUAGCAGGAAGCUGCUCGAGAUCUCUGUUUACCUAUGUGUCAUCCAUACAGUGCGACACAGAGCAUCCUUUAUGUUUGGUGAAAUCCGACCCGCCUUAAUGAGUUUACUCACUGCUCGAUCUCUCUGCCGAUAAUGUCCGUCCACAUGCGGCACGUGUGAUCGUCUCAGCAUCACCGUCACCAUGGCAUCGUCAAAUUACACCUGCAUCCAAGACAGCGCCACAGAGAAGGACAGACUCCUUUCACCCAUGGCCACCUAUGGGUCCAGGGAUCUUCUCGGGGGUGGCAGCCCCCGUCCCACUUGUCUCGUGGGCUCUGACCCCCAUCAGAAGCAGGAAGAAGAACAGGAGGAGGAGGCCCUGAGGAGGAAACUGAAGUACUUCUUCAUGAGCCCUUGUGACAAGUAUCACGCCAAGGGGCGCAAGCCUUUCAAACUGGGCCUGCAGCUGCUCAAGAUCAUCAUUGUGACUGUGCAGUUGGUGCUGUUUGGACUGAGCAACCAGAUGGUGGUGACAUUUAAAGAGGAGAACACAGCUGCAUUCAAACACCUUUUCCUGAAGGAUUAUCGUGACAACACUCCUCAGGCCGUCCACACCCAGAAGGAACUGUACAGGCACAUCCACUUUGCCAUAAAGCAGUACAUGGCUAUUCCUCAGAUCUCACUGGGACGCUAUGCAUAUGUGUUGGGCGUUGGCGUAAAUGGAAGCGCACUCUCCCUCUGCCAGAGGUACUACAGGAGGGGCACCAUCGACCCCGUCAACGACACCUUUGACAUAGAUCCCCAUGUUGUCACUGAUUGUAUUGGAUUGAAUCCAUCGACUUACAGCUCUGCUCCAGGAAAUACUGACUACAAGAAUUUCACUCUCAAGUUUUACAAGCUGAUCAACGUUACAGUUGACUUCCAGCUGAAGGCCAUCAACAUUCAGACCAUUAUAAACAAUGAAAUCCCUGACUGCUACACCUUUGCCAUCACGAUCUUAAUGGAUAACAGGGCUCACAGCGGCAAAGUUAAGAUCAAUCUGCACAACCAGGCCUCCAUAAAGGAGUGUAAAGACCCCAAUGUGUCUGGACAGGCUGAGAAUUAUGCACGGGAGUUCUUUGACGUGGUGGUGGCCUUCGUCUGUCUGCUGUCGCUGUUGCUGUGCGGGCGCUCCAUCCUCAGAGGCAUCCUCCUGCAGCACGAGUAUGUGCAGUUUUUCAAACACAAACUCGGCCGUAGUGUGAGCUGGGGGGACAGAAUGGAGUUCAUCAACGGCUGGUACAUUCUGCUCAUCAUCAGCGACUUGUUCACCAUCAUCGGCAGCUUCAUCAAAAUUGGGAUUGAGUCCAAGACUUUAUCGUCAUAUGACAUCUGUGGAAUCCUGCUGGGAACCUCCACUCUGCUGGUGUGGGUGGGAGUGAUCCGCUACCUGAGCUUCUUUCAGAAAUACAAUAUCUUGAUUGUGACUCUAAGGGCUGCUUUUCCAAAUGUCAUCCGCUUCUGCUGCUGUGCAGCUGCCAUUUAUAUGGGAUACUGCUUCUGUGGAUGGAUUGUGCUGGGGCCCUAUCAUGCCAAGUUUCGUUCCCUGUCCAUGGUGUCGGAGUGCCUGUUCUCUCUGAUCAACGGAGACGACAUGUUUGUAACGUUCGCUGAGAUGGAGCAAAGCGGCACCCUCGUGUGGAUCUUCAGUCAGCUCUACCUUUACACCUUUAUCUCCCUCUUCAUCUACAUGGUGCUGUCCCUCUUCAUUGCACUCAUCACCGGAGCCUACGACACCAUUAUGGCCCAGACUCAGGAGCAGGUACGCGUCAACGAUCUGCACGCAUUCAUUGCAGAGUGCACAGACACACCCAGCUCUGGCAAGUUCCGUGGGCCCGAGGGCUCGUCAUGCUCCUUCCUCUGCUGCUGUGACUGGUGAGGAGGAGGAGGAGGAGGAAGUGGAUGCACAAAGGGAGCAAGCAGAGUGUGUGUGUGAGUGUGUGAAAGGGCAAGGGAGUUAGAUCUUUUUUCCCCCCCUCUCUUUCUCUCUUUUUAAAGCAUGAUAUUUCCACUCCAGUGACAGCCGGCUGCAUUGCACUCUGUUUUGCAGAUGCCCAGCAGAGACGAUAAAUGCCUUGAGAGUGAACAGACUGACCUUGGACUGUGUUGUCCCCUGUGGUGCGUGUCUGAAUUUUGCAUUUAAAUUUGCGCCUGAACGGUAGAAUGCACUGCACAGUCACAAACCCAAUUACCUGCUUCAGCUUUUGUACUGUAUGAAUAAUUUAUUGUCUCUUUCUGUAAUAUCAGAUUGUUAGGGCCUUGAUGACUUGACGCAUAAUGCCAGUAAACAUAUUCAUUGCUGUAGAUUGGACAGGGGGUCCACUAAAAUGGAUUCAAAUUUUCACUUGAAUGACCCACUAUGUACAGGGUUUUUUUUUAUUGUCAUUUUACUGUUCACAUGGCUACCUAGCAGGAGUUUUGUGCCUCUUGACGAUGUAAAUAUUUGUAUGUCCUCUGAACCUUCAUAGCAGAGAACACAAGACACAGCUAGUAUGUAUGCAUUAGCCUCUGCAACAUUUUCAUUCGAGGCUGUUCCUCCAUUCCCUCGUCCUCUUCAUUCAUGUCCUCGUCUGAAGGAGAUGAUGGCUUCACCAGGACAGACAAGCCCUGCAGCCACUGCAUCCAACCAGUUAGUCAUCAAUAUGUAUGAACUGUUCCUGCCGUAAAGAGCCAGGUGACCAUGUGGGCUAAUGCACUACAAGGCAGAGCCUUUUCACUGGUUGGUUUAAAGUGCUCCGUGCAAGGCUGCAAAUGUAAUGUUUGACAACAGAAGGUUAAAUUAAUCAAAUCUGGUUGAAACAAAGUGGUGAAUGAGGAUAUCUGCAUUAGCCAUAGAGCAGAAAAGACACAAUUUAAGCUUUGUUGCAUUGGUGAGAAAGGCAGUCUGGGUGAUUUCUUUAAUGUUCUGACUGAAUGGGCAGGUACAAUGAAAUUCAGCUUAUUAUAAGGAAUCGCUAGUGUUGCUCAAGAUGUUGGAGUAUCAGAAUUGAUUUUUCAAUUCCAGGAAACAGGACAAAGUUGAUGAAUUCAUCACAGUGGUUGAGGCUGUCUCACCAUCUUGUUUUUAUUACAUGUUGUUUUUACCCCUUUUUGCAGUUUGUGAAUUAUCUCAUGUAUCAUGUAUUUAUCUCAAAUAUAAUAAUUUUUAUGGUAAGGCGAGAUGUUAGAAAAGCAGAUGCCUGUGUUUAUGUAGUUACUGUGUUUUGGAUUUGUACCGUAGGGUAGUAUGUAGGCAGCUUAGAGCUUUUUUCAUAUGUAUUAUGUCAGACUCAGACACAAUACAUACCGUAUACUGCACUGACACUGAAGCCAUGUGUCACAGGGUAGUAGCUCUUUAAUGUUUUAUCUUUGGAUGAGCUCGGGCAUUUCUAUAAACCAGCAGCUCUUCAUUUAGUCUUAAUAAAGCAAAAUAAACUGUUAUGAUAGAAACUGAAGUGGUGACAUCACUCCAGCAGGCUGCAUGGAGGCUUUUGAACAUCACUGUUCAGUGGAACAAGGACGUUCACUGCACAACAUUUGUAUCAGGACUGAAGGGCCCUUUUUUUCUUUUAUUGUUUACUGACAUGUUGACCAGUAUUGUUUACAACAGCGUGUGUUCUUUUAAUGAAUGUUUAUUUACACUUACUUAACUGCACUUAAUGAAGACUUGCCGUAUGUACAGCUUCUUUUGAUGUAAAUAUGUCACAUGGGAGCCACAAUGGAGCAAAGCACUGUAUGUAAUGCAUCUGUUAAUGUUCCCCUGACUGCUGCACAAAGGUUCUCUGCUGCUUUUGAUUUAAUAGCCACAGUGUUAUUGCUCACCACAUUUGUUUCUUUGUAUUUUGCCAGCUGCGUUAAUUAUUUUACUUAUUAUUUAUUUUUUAAGGGAGUUUCUCUGUGUCUGAAUAAACUUAACUUGUACAGGUUUUUAACCCUCAUUUGUAUUGAAUCUUUUCUGUUAAGUUGUCACCUUCUGAAUGAAAUGAAUGCAAAAAAAACUGAAAGACUGACAUUGUGUCAGGAUUGUGGAGAUAAAUAACCAAGGCCCAGUGUUAUGGUAUGUUAUGGUUGAGUUUUUAUGUUUUCUGUCCCACAAUAGAUACAGUGUGUGUGUGUGUGUGUGCAAUUUUAAUGGCCAGCUGCUCAAAUUCUUGAUGUAGUGUGCAGUCAAGUACAUCAAAGUACAUCAAUACAAUAAUGUGUUACAGUGUUGGUGAGAUAAGUACCAUGUUUACGAACUUUAGCUUAACUUUUAUUCAUAACUAAAAUGCCCCAACUUCAACAAACAUACUAACCUGCUUAUAGUGCUGAAAUGCUGAUAUUA